AGGCCCUACUACUCCCUCGAUGAUUUGUCGAUCUUGACUUGAUUUCGGUUUUGGUUUUGAGUAUAACAUAAUGCUCGCAUGGGCAUGAAGAAGACUCGAUGGUACUGGUAGAGAUGGAACACAAUAAACAAACAAGCUCAACAUAGUCCACCAAACAUAGGCUCGUGCGGGAUGUUGAAACAGGAUUCUGUAUCUGAUGAGCGUAUUUGUUCCUACAGUCCGAAUGGUGCUUUUGUAGGCAUGCAGGAUCACGUACGCAAGUAGGAUUUUUUCUCCCAUUAGGAGCUGCAAGCAUCGUCAAGUACGUAGAGCUUACUUACAACAUGACGAUCCCCGUUUUGUCCUUAACGUUCAAAAAUAUGGGCGACGAGGAACUUGCCUCCGCCCGCAUGUGGUCCCCUCGAACCUCCGCCUGCAGCUCCCCAAGGGAUACUAGUACCGGCACUGCCACCGUCGUGAGCAAGGAAAAUAUCAAGCAAGGGGGAGUUCUGGUGCAUCAACAGGUUGUGGACCACCGGGACGAGCUCCUCCAGCAAGACGAUUUCCGACUGGACGUGGGAAGAAGUAGACCGUCAGCUGGUCGUGCAACGGCGGUUUGCAAGAACAAUUCUUACCACGAUGUUGAUAACACCAGGGGUAAAAAUAUGACGUUUACGUUUUCCGACGGUCUGUUCAACAGCGGCACAACUACAGGCGGAGAAUUGUCGAUGAUGCACCUCCGAACGCCGAUGAAUUGUAACCUCCGGAGGACUACUAGUACGGUUGAGCACGAUGAAGGUGGGACGAAUUGUGGGACCAGCAUGCAGGAGGACGAGGAUCAUCAUCACAACCAUCUCCACGAAGACGAGCGGUUCGCAUCGAAGCAGAAGUCACCGGAUUUCUGGCUGAAAAUUGACGACGACGAGGAAAUGGACAUGUUGCACCUCUUGGACGUCGAAAGCGGACGAACCACGUCGAGGAAUCACGGUGGUGGAACGUCGUUCGGACAAGAAAGCCACAGGACAGCGUCAGGAGCGACUGCCGCAACUAGCGCAAAUCCUUCCUCUAGCAGCGGGGGCCAAGAAACAACCAGAGCCGCCGCUUCGAAUGAUGUGGAGAUGGUGGAUCAAACUACCGUGGACAUAAAACAAGACCAGCAGCAGGGAAGUGAAAUAUCAAAUACCACGGGUGUAGUAAAAGAUCUAGAUGCGAGUACUAAAACUUUAUCGACCUCUUCCACGACCCCGUCCCCGCCCAACCCCGAAGCUGCAGUGCCCGCGAUGAAGAAGUACCAACGAGUUUCUGACGUCCGGAAACUGUUCGAGGAAGAACUUUCCCAGGCGUGCCAGCCGCACGAACCUCUCGUCCAAUCCGCGAUGGAGACGUUGGCGGAGCCGCGACGAUAUGCAUUGCAAAAGUAUCGCACUCGUAUAUAUAAAUGCAUUACAAAUUUCCCCAGCAUGAGAAAUAAAAUUUCUCAUGCAGAUUUUUCUUGAGAAAAAAAUUUGUAAUGCAUGUCCGCAAUUACUACGAGUGCGAAUGCGAUACUUUUGCACAGGAUAGACAAACCGGGGAGCGGAUGCUGUUUAACGCGAAGGUGUUUCAGGCACGAAAGUGCUUCGAGGAAAAGAAUUUACUCCUCAGUCGCCCGUUUAACCACGGGGGUGAUCUAUCACAUGCAAAUAUGUCUGGGUCUGGAAACUUGUAAUGCUGAGCUGUGAACAGUGAAUUCUCUGUAAUGCACAGCGAAGCAUGAGAAAUAUUUGCGCGGCUUACCGUUGCGCUUUCCGCAUGACAAGCUGCGUUUUGCGGGACAAGCAAGAGGGUCUCUUCUUGGACACGCAUGACAAACUCUUCCGUCAUGCCUGACAAGCAUGACAAACCUUGCAUCCUCCCAGACCCAGACACAUUUGCGAUGCAUACGAUCGGAUGUACGACUAUGUUUCGCUGAUUCUCCGACAGAGUCAGGCGGGGACAAGGACGAGGAAUGAAAACGGAGAAGAUCAUGGAGGAGUGCGUGACAGACUUGCACAGCAGCGAGGGCAGCAGCAAGCUGCACCCGGAGGACCGCAUGAGGAUCGACGGGUCGUGCAGGAGCCGCAGCAUCUUCUUCAUCAGGAUCAGAUAAUAACCGCAAGAAGAACAGAUGAAACUAAUACGACCCAAGAACAACUACACCAAGAACAGCAAAAAGAGCAAGAACCUCGCUUCAACACGCACCUGCUGUUAGAAGUGAACGGUGCCUGCAUCUUCGUCUCCCCAGUCGCGAACUUCCCGGGGAGGGGGAUUUUUCCCGAGGAUGAUGAACUUGACAACGUUGAGGAUCAACAUGAGAGCAGUCCUGUUGCCAGGAACAAUUUGAACAACAGACCCUCCAAGAACAAUUUAUCGUCCAACAAUCUGUGGCUGCGUUUCGGCAUUCCCCGCCCCUUCAAAUACCUCCACUUGAACUUCGUGAAUGUCGCGGAUAAGAACCUGUUUGUGAUGAUUUUGCACCAGCUGUCCACCUUUCCCUUCGCGAAACUCCCGAACUUGCCGCUGGAAGAGUUCGUGCGCUUCUGUUUCGCAGACGACAUUCGCGAGCAGAUUCUGUGCAAUAAGAAUUUGUUUGACGACAAUUAUUUUCACCUCAUGCGGAACAAGUGGAAGAACGAUAAUGAAAAGAAUCGCAGUGGUGAAAACGGCACGACGAGCAUGACGAAAAACAAAAACUCGACAAUUACAAACCCCAUCCCGGAUCCCGAGCAAAUCCGGAAUAGCUUCGAAAUAUCAACUGUAAAAAUGUCUGGGUCUGGAAGAUUCCGAGAUUUGUCAUGCAUAUUUCAGAUCACGCAAAUGGCGUCUGAUGCAGGCAAAAGCAUCACAGGUUUUGAGCACGCGUCAUGAUGCCUGUCCCGCAUGAGAAACUUCCUACUUGCGUGCCAAGAAAUGGACAGCUUUUGGCGCUCACGCAACACAAAUUUUUGUGUGUUCCAGAGUUUGCAUCACAAGCUCCAACCCUUCCAGACCCAGACAUUUUUACAUUUGAUACGAAAAGUACGAGCACCUGCGGUCGAAUCUGCAUCUCCUGGAAUUCGCGAUAUCAAAUGCAAAAGUGUCUGGGUCUGGAAGGUUGCAACUUGUGAUGCUGCCUUUGGAAGGUAAAGCAAAUCUGUAUUCUUGUAUGACCAGCAAGAGGAGUGCAGUUUGUGCUACGCGGAGUGGGCGUUUCUCAUGCGGAAUACGCAUCAGAGGGCGCUUUAAAAAUCUGUGAUGCUAUGUCAUGCAUUACAGGCGUCAUGGGGUAUGCAAAAUAUGCAUGACAAAGACAAAUCUGGCAAUUUUCCAGACCCUUACAUUUUGAUUUUUGCAAUUGAUACGCGACGGUCGAUAGUAACACUGGAUGUUUCGUGGACAGCGACACGGCUUUCUCCGAUUUGGUCCAGUAUUCCCCGAGAACUACUUAUCGAAGAAAAAAACAUUGUUUUGUGUAACUUUGUGAUGCGCAACACGCAAGAUGAUUGCGUCUGUCAUGCUGGACAUGCCAUGCUUAUGCUGCAGGGUCCAUUCAAGCGCGUUUUGAAGUGUUGUCUGCGCAUGACAGGUUUUUGGUCUCAACAUGCCAGAAAGAUUUGUAAUGCUGUUCCUCCAAAAAAGAGUUACACCUACAUUCUUUUUUGCUUGGAUACUACGGCGGUGGGGGAAGGCGAGAACUGGGGUACGGAAAACAACAGCAAGGAAACUUAUGGGAGCUGAAAAUGAAAUUGUUGCUGCUGCUGAGUCAAGUAAGUACAAAAUUAUGUCUUUUUUUUUCGCAUGCUUCAUCUAAGUACUAGGACAGUCAUGCGUGACUCCUGUUGUCCAAAAAUGCAUUCGCGAAACCGGCGCAACACGAGAACAGUGACUCAGUUGUAGCGCGACGAGAUUUGGUUUCCAUAAAAUUUGGUCGGACGAGGAGGAGAGGUUGGGUAUCUUUUCAGCGGAAGCGGAAAAUUCGGACCAGGAUAACGACGUCAAGAGACCUCCGCCAGGACCAACCGGUCCGCAGGAGAAGGAGUUGGAUGUCUACGUCGUCUUGCCGUUCGAUAGUGCGAACUACUAGUAGGUUGUCUAAUCGGAGUUGUGCAUUAUUAAUCGGAGGUGGGAUGAACACGUUAGCAGCAGGUCCCCGGUCUCCACAACUGGAGGACGAAUCGAGUCAUAAUUAAUUUGUUCUCGUACACUACCAUCGCCGAGCUGUUUCGAUUCGCUUGCUUUGGAAUUACAAACUAGAACUCCUUUGAAUGAUCCUAGUACUUAUCACGAGAUAGAAGUUUUGCUUUUGGCUACACUACCAUCGCAGAGCUGUGUAAUUAUCAAUGCUUCUCCUUCUGUACAACUAGCGCUUCGAACAAGAUGUGCUGCAUUUAAGUACAAAAAAGAAGGAUCGCCCACUUGUUGUAUGAUAUUAACGUCACACUAGUUGCUGCUGUGGCGCUGACGCACAUGGCAACUUCGCUGUCGUACUGGAAAGAUUAUGUCAUCCUUGACAAGUACCUGCUCACUGAAGAAAGAUGCCUCGAAUCUUCUUCAAACUUCGAAGCACUCUACUUUCAUCGCAAGUACUGACAGUUUCUAGCGUGGAACCAGUUUCUAGCGUGGAACCAAGUACUGACAUUUUCUAGAUCGUUAAAUCUGUUUUGCAUGAUUUUGUUUUGACCCUUUAGCUAAUUUUUUCCUUGUCUUUUGCGAAUCAAGCUUGAAUUCUGCACUAGGGCUGUGUUGAACUGUUAACUCAUACUUGUUUUGAUUUUCCCCUGUGUUUAGCUCGUCAUCGUGAUCGAUGAGGUGGAGCAAUCUUUUCCCCCUCAAAGUAUGCUGACAAUCAACGGACGCAGGAACGAGAACCGCGUCAUCUGUAUGAUGAGAAAGUGUGCACCCCAUUCCCCUUUAUUUUCCCAGUGCGACGAGCUUUUUUAAAGAAGAAGUGAUUUUCCCAAGAAUGAAUCUACCGUCUAGGUCUGAGAUAAACAGUAGAGCUCGUUCGCGGCUUCGUGCUGUUUUGCAUUCUGAUUGAAUCUCAUGAUGGAAGAUGCAUGCAGUAUCAUGGCCGAGCGAGAUUGCAAGUGUGACAAGGACAAUGCGACUCUCAACAACGACUUCCUACUACAACGAACCUCGUUUUUUAUCUACGUGCUGAAGAAAAAAAGAACUUUGUAU